ACAUUCCAGGACCUGUCCAGGCAGAUGGAUGUGUCCUACGGCACUGUGAGAGACUCGGCCGUCUAUGAAUACUUCAAGAACAAGGGCACCAACCCUCUAGAGCAGGACAGCACAUACGCAGAGCUGUGGAGGACCAUCAGCAAGAACAACGGCCAUGACUACUCUGUGUCCAGUCCCUCAGAGGGCAUCCGCAAGGUAGGUUGACAAAGACAAAACAGGUAUAUGCCAAUAAAGAGAGGAUGCCUAAGAACAGGCUGGUAACUCCUUUAGGUAGGAAUUUCUUAGCUACUGUGUAUUUAGACAAAAAGUCGAAACGGUUUAAUAUUUGGCAUAAAAACAAACAAAUCAAUCUUUCCAUUGUUAUUUCACUGUCAUUUCACAGUGUGGAGUCAUACUGUUCUCCAUCAAUACUGUGCCUGUAGUUCCACAGUAUUUCUAACCAAUUAGACAGGCAAAUUCAACAUUAUCUUUGACUAUCUGUCUGAAUAAACUGCAAAUGCUGAUUUGUGACAUUGUAUCAAUUACACUGGUUAAUCUCAUAUACUGCCCGUAAUAAAUGGCUUAGAAAGAACAAUACUUUGCUUGUCCAUAUGCUGAGAAGUAAUAUGACAUAUCAUAUAUCUUCAAAUUUGUACUGUGAACUGCAGUGCUUGAGGCGUCACUACAGAUCCGGCCGUGUCGCGUCCGGCCGCGAGCGGGAGACCCAUGAGGCGACGCACAAUUGGCCCUGUGUUGUCCGGGUUAGGGGAGGGUUUGGCCGGCCGGGAUGUCCUUGUCCCAUCGCGCUCUAGCGGCUCCUGUGACGGGCCGGGCGCAUGCACUCUGACACGGUUGCCAGUUGUACGGUGUUUCCUCCAACAUAUUGGUGCGGCUGGCUUCCGGGUUAAGCGAGCAGUGUGUCAAGAAGCAAUGUGGCUUGGCAGGGUCGUGUUUUGGAGGCAUAGACUAAAAUACAGUAGAAUAGAAUACAGUAUAUACACUGCUCAAAAAAAUAAAGGGAACACUUAAACAACACAUCCUAGAUCUGAAUGAAUGAAAUAAUCUUAUUAAAUACUUUUUUCUUUACAUAGUUGAAUGUGCUCACAACAAAAUCACACAAAAAUUAUCAAUGGAAAUCAAAUUUAUCAACCCAUGGAGGUCUGGAUUUGGAGUCACCCUCAAAAUUAAAGUGGAAAACCACACUACAAGCUGAUCCAACUUUGAUGUAAUGUCCUUAAAACAAGUCAAAAUGAGGCUCAGUAGUGUGUGUGGCCUCCACGUGCCUGUAUGACCUCCCUACAACGCCUGGGCAUGCUCCUAAUGAGGUGGCGGAUGGUCUCCUGAGGGAUCUCCUCCCAGACCUGGACUAAAGCAUCCGCCAACUCCUGGACAGUCUGUGGUGCAACGUGGCGUUGGUGGAUGGAGCGAGACAUGAUGUCCCAGAUGUGCUCAAUUGGAUUCAGGUCUGGGGAACGGGCGGUCCAUAGCAUCAAUGCCUUCCUCUUGCAGGAACUGCUGACACACUCCAGCCACAUAUUGUCUUGCAUUAGGAGGAACCCAGGGCCAACUGCACCAGCAUAUGGUCUCACAAGGGGUCUGAGGAUCUCAUCUCGGUACCUAAUGGCAGUCAGGCUACCUCUGGCAAGCACAUGGAGGGCUGUGGCCCCCCAAAGAAAUGUCACCCCACACCAUGACUGACCCACAGCCAAACCGGUCAUGCUGGAGGAUGUUGCAGGCAGCAGAACAUUCUCCACGGCGUCUCCAGACGCUGUCACGUCUGUCACAUGUGCUCAGUGUGAACCUGCUUUCAUCUGUGAAGAGCACAGGGCGCCAGUGGCGAAUUUGCCAAUCUUGGUGUUCUCUGGCAAAUGCCAAACGUCCUGCACGGUGUUGGGCUGUAAGCACAACCCCCACCUGUGGACGUCGGGCCCUCAUACCACCCUCAUGGAGUCUGUUUCUGACCGUUUGAGCAGACACAUGCACAUUUGUGGCCUGCUGGAGGUCAUUUUGCAGGGCUCUGGCAGUGCUCCUCCUGCUCCUCCUUGCACAAAGGCGGAGGUAGCGGUCCUGCUGCUGGGUUGUUGCCCUCCUACGGCCUCCUCCACGUCUCCUGAUGUACUGGCCUGUCUCCUGGUAGCGCCUCCAUGCUCUGGACACUACGCUGCCAGACACAGCAAACCUUCUUGCCACAGCUCGCAUUGAUGUGCCAUCCUGAAUGAGCUGCACUACCUGAGCCACUUGUGUGGGUUGUAGACUCUGUCUUAUGCUACCACUAGAGUGAAAGCACCGCCCGCAUUCAAAAGUGACCAAAACAUCAGCCAGGAAGCAUAAAAACUGAGAAGUGGUCUGUGGUCACCACCUGCAGAAUCACUACUUUAUUGGGGGUAUCUUGCUAAUUGCCUAUAAUUUCCACCUGUUGUCUAUUCCAUUUGCACAACAGCAUGUGAAAUGUAUUGUCAAUCAGUGUUUCUUCCUAAGUGGACAGUUUGAUUUCACAGAAGUGUGAUUGACUUGGAGUUACAUUGUGUUGUUUAAGUGUUCCCUUUAUUUCUUUGAGCAGUGUACAUAUGAGAUGAGUAAAGCAAAAAUAUGUAAACAUUAUUAGAGUGACUAGUGUUCCAUUAUUAAAGUGGCCAGUGAUUUCAAGUCUAUGUAUAUGGGGCAGCAGCCUCUAAGGUGCAGGGUUACGUAACCGGGUGGAAGCCGCCUAGUGAUGGCUAUUUAACAGUCUGAUGGCCUUGAGAUUGAAGCUGUUUUUCAGUCUCUCGGUCCCAGCUUUGAUGCACCUGUACUGACCUCGCCUUCUGGAUGAUAGCGGGGUGAACAGGCAGUGGCUCGGGUGGUUGUUGUCCUUGAUGAUAUUUUUUGCCUUCCUGUGACAUCGGGUGCUGUAGGUCCUGGAGGGCAGGUAUUUUGCCCCCGAUGAUGCGUUGGGCAGACCGCACCACCCUCUGUAGAGCCCUGCGGUUGCGGGCGGUGCAGUUGCCGUACCAGGCGGUGAUAGAGCCUGACAGGAUGCUCUCAAUUGUGCAUCUGUAAAGGUUUGUGAGGGUUUUAGGUGCCAAGCCAAAUUUCUUCAGCCUGUCUGUGUGGAUAGACCAUUUCAGAUCGUCAGUGAUGUGUACACCAAGGAACUUGAAGCUUUCCACCUGCUCCACAGCAGUCCCGUCGAUGUGGAUAGGGGUGUGCUCCCUCUGCUGUUUCCUGAAGUCCACGAUCAGCUCCUUUGUUUUGUCGACAUUGAGGGAGUGGUUAUUUUCCUGGCACCACACUCCCAGGGCCUUCACCUCCUCUCUGUAGGCUGUCUCGUCAUUGUUGGUAAUCAGGCCUACAACUGUUGUGUCGUCUGCAAACUUGAUGAUUGCGUUGGAGGCGUGCGUGGCCACACAGUCAUGGAUGAACAGGGAGUACAGGAGGGGGCUGAGCAACCACCCUUGUGGGGCCCCUGUGUUGAGGAUCAGCGAAGUGGAGGUGUUGUUUUCUAUCUUCACCACCUUGGGGUGGCCCGUCAGGAAGUCCAGGACCAGUUGCACAGGGCGGGGUUCAGACCCAGGGCCUCAAGCUUAAUGAUGAGUUUGGAGGGUACUAUGGUUUUGAAUGCUGAGCUAUAGUCAAUGAACAGCAUUCUGACAUAGGUAUUCCUAGCAGUAGCAGUAUGUUGCUGGGUCAGUCCAUUGAGGACUGACAAAACAAGGUGCAGUAAGAGGUAGCAGUUACUUGGAGACAACAUCAAACACACAUCAGUCACCUUCUGUCUCUGGGCUCUAUUUUAACAAACCUAGCACAAUGGUAAAUCUUAGCGCUGGUGGUAACGCUAUAGGUUCGGGGUGUGUCAGAAAUAUUUUUGCUAUUUUCACAACCAGAAGUAUGUGCACAGUAGCUGGCGGUGGCGCGAAAGGGCUAGGUUUUGAUGAAUAAAUAAGUUGUAGGUGUGUCAAGGCUUUGACCCUUCACUGGCCAAUCAGAACGUGCUCCAUGGCUCCCUUUGGUUGCUUUAAGUUGUUAAUUACGGUCUUGUAUGUAUUGCGUUGUCAUCAACUCCAAUUCGAAUGUUAGUCCGUUAUAGCCUAGUUUGUUAAAUAGCCUACAGAAACAAAAUAACAAAAUGACACAACAAUAUAACAAGCCAUACCGUGGGGUGUGGGACCCAGUCAGGUCUUUGACAACAAUAUAACAAGCCAUACCGUGGGGUGCUGGGUCCAGUCAGGUCUUUGACACAACAAUAUAACAAGCCAUACCGUGGUGGGCUGGACCUAGUCAGGUCUUUGACACAACAAUAUAACAAGCCAUACCGUGGGGUGCUGGGCCCAGUCAGGUCUUUAUAAUAUAAAUAAUAUUCCUUUGACACAUUCACCCUCUCUCCUGUUGAAAGAUCAGUCACAAAAUGUUGGCACCAUUGUAAUAGGUUGUAAUCAAGCCCUGGUCUCCAGCAUGGGAACAGAAGAGGAAUACCUGGUGUGGUAGUCUCAGGUACUGUAGGACUACUCCAAAUAAUCUCGGCUCUGACACACACACACACACACACACACACACACACACACACACAUGCAAACGCAAGCUUUGCAGUUCCAUCAAUCCAUCUAAAUACCUCUCACACUCUACAGUAGUAACCUGUGGAUUGUGAGAACCUGCAUAAAUCAGCAGAACAUGUAUAACCUAUUUAUUUCAACUUCAUGUAGUGUCCUGUAAUACUUUGAAAUGAGACACCUUCAGUCAUAACACAUCCAUAAAGACUAUAUCGCGUGACACAGUACUUACUAUAAAGUCAGACACCUUCAGUCAUUCAUAACACAUUCAUAAAUACCUUAUAUCAUAUGACCCUGUACUUACUAUAAAGCCAAACACCUUUGGUCAUAAAUAAGACAUACAUAAAGGCUUAAUGAUGUAAACACAAAUGUAUUAACUCUAAAGGAAUUAUCACUAACAGCUAAAAUAAAUAAACAUGAAAGACAAGUUUAAACCAUAAAUGUCCUUUUAUUUAUACAUGUUUAAAACAAUACAAAUACAUUAAGUAUGUAGUUAAAUUGAACAUUACACAGGGCUGUGAAUAGUGUAGCUUGUCCCCUGAGCUGGUAGACAAAUGGUUCUUGCCUCUCUGCCUGCUGGAGGUACUGCAUGUUGGUUCCAACCUUAAAAGUAACAACAAAGAAAGUUAGCAAAUCAGUUAGCUAGCUAGCAAUUGCUGUGAAGUCACCAAAAUAAUUAGAAACAACGACUGAGGUAGCUAUGUAAUCUAACUCAACACUUAUAUAACUACUACAUACCAGUUUAAAUUACAAUAAAUAAAGGUUAACUUUAUUCGCUGUCCAGUGGCACCACAAGUGGGCAUUUGAUUGACGAACUCCAUCACAUGUGCACUUACUGCGCUACAGAAACACCGCAAACCAAACAGUGCAAACACACUGAAUUAAAGGUAACUACACAAAACAUUAAUUCCCAGACCUCAAAAGUGGUCCCCUUAAAUGGUUUAAGCAUUGUUGUGAACAAAUAAAAAGUUUUUCUAUUUUAAAAAAAACACACAAAAAAACUGGUAAAAAUGGGGGAAUUUGAAACAUGGAAAAAUAAAACCUAGAAAACGGAAUAUGGGAAAAACCCUGAAUUAGGCAAAAAAUGCAUACGGAUUUGAAAGCGCCCUACCAACGUUGUUUGCUGUGCAUGACUGCACUUUAGAGUGUGUGUCAUCCUGCAGCACAGCAUUUUGGGGAAAGUUGAGAUCAGGUCCAAUCAAGUCCAUUUAUCCAAAGCGACUUAGUCAUGCAUGCAUACAUUUUUACUUAUGGGUGGUCCUGGGAAUCUAACCCACUAUUCUGGUGUUGCAAUGCUCUACCAAGAUGCAUGCCAAGGUUAUAAAUGCUUUGUGAAGCCUCAACUUAAUAUGAUUUAUAAAGCCUUUAGUAAGCGGUGCUUAUGCCACCCUUUAUAAAGCACAGGUUUAUGUCAUAUUUGACAUAGUGGGUUAUGUCACAUUUGACAUUGGUGUUAUGUCACAGUUAUUCCACAUUUAUGAACCAUUUAUAGAGCAUGACAUGUGGUUAUAGAUGCUUUGUAACACAUUUAUGUAGUGCUUAUGAAGGCAUUAUACGCUGAACGUCAUUUAAAGCGGGACCGGUAAAAAUUAUAUGUCACAGAAUGUCCCGUAGCAGUUUUCCUUGGGUUGGGUUUUAUUUCAAUCCUGCCCACAUGCCCACAACUGGCAGCACCCAAGUAAUCAUCAAUUCGGAGCGCAGCUGCACGAGACCCAAUCGUAAUGACCAUGGUUAAUUUCGUUUGACAUUCGAUAUCCAUAUGGGGCUAAUUAGAGACCAUCAGUAAAUUACACAGACCCCUGACUUUCUCCACAAUUUGUGAGGUUACAGCCUUAUUAAAAAAUAAAUAAUAAUAAUAAUAAUCAUCAAUCGACACACAAUACCCCCUAAUGACAAAGCAAAAACAUUUUUUUUACUUUUUGCUUAUAUAUAAAAAAAUAAAAAAAAUGAAAUAUCACAUUUACAUAAGUAUUCAGACCCUUUACUCAGUACUUUGUUGAAGCACCUUUGGCAACAAUUGCAGCCUCGAGUCUUCUUGGGUAUGACACUACAAGCUUGGUACACCUGUAUUUGGGGAGUUUCUCCCGUUCUUCUCUGCAGAUCCUCUCAAGCUCUGUCAGAUUGAAUGGGGAGCGUUGCUGCACAGCUAUUUUCAGUUCUUUCCAGAGAUGUUCGAUCAGGUUCAAGUCCGGGCUCUGGUUGGGCCACUCAAGGACAUUCAUAGACUUGUCCAGAAGCCACUCCUGCGUUGUCUUGGCUGUGUGCUUAGGGUCGUUGUCCUGUUGAAAUGUGAACCUUCGCCCCAAUAUGAGGUCCGGAGAGCUCUGGAGCAGGUUUUCAUCAAUGAUCUCUCUGUACUUCGCUCCGUUCAUCUUUGCCUCGAUCCUGACCAGUCUCCCAGUCCCUGCCGCUGAAAAACACCUGCACAGCAUGAUGCUGCCACCACCAUGCUUCACCGUAGGGAUGGUGCCAGGUGACACUUGGCAUUCAGGCCAAAUAGUUUAAUCUUGAUUUCAUCAGACCAGAGAAUCUUGUUUCUCAUGGUGUUAGAGUCCUUAGGUGCCUUUCGACAAACUCCAAGCAGGCUGUCAUGUGCCUUUUACUGAAGAGUGGCUUCCAUCUGGCCACUCUACCAUAAAGGCCUGAUUGGUGGAGUGCUGCAGAGAUGGUUGUCCUUCUGGAAGGUUCUCCCGUCUCCACAGAGGAACUCUAGAGCACUGUCAGAGUGACCAUCAGGUUCUUGGUCACCUCCCUGACCAAGGACCUUCUCCCCCGAUUGCUCAGUUCGGCCAGGCGGUCAGCUCUAGAAAGAGUCUUGGUGGUUCCAAACUUCUUCAAUUUAAGACUGAUGAAGGCCACUGUGUUCUUGGGGACCUUCAAUGCUGCAGAAAUGUUUUGGUACCCUUACCCAGAUCUGUGCCUCGACACAAUCCUGUCUCAGAGCUCUACAGACAAUUCCUUCAACCUCAUGGCUUGGUUUUUGCUCUGACAUGCACUGUCAACUGUGGGACCUUAUAUAGACAGGUGUGUGCCUUUCCAAAUCAUGUCCAAUCAAUUAUAAUCUACCACAGGCGGAUUCCAAUCAAGUUGUAGAAACAUCUCAAGGAUGAUCAAUGGAAACAAGAUGCACCUGAGCUCAAUUUCGAGUAUCAUAGCAAAGGGUCUGAAUACUUAUGUAAAUGUGAUAUUUCAUUUAGUCAUUUUUUAUACAUUUGCUAAAAUUUCUAAAAACCUGUUUUUGCUUCGUCAUUAUGGGGUGUUGUGUGCAGAUUGCUGAGUAUUUUUGUUUAUUUAAUACAUUUUAGAAUAAGGCUGUAACGUAACAAAAUAUGUAAAAAGUCAAGGGGUCUGAAUACUUUCCGAAGGCACUGUUAAGGGACAAUAUUUAAUGUAUAUAUAUAUAUAUAAUGUCAAUAGCUCAGAAUUUCAAUUAAUUAAAAACCUCAAACCAACUGUAAAUUGUAGAAAUGUAUAUACAAAUAUUGAAAGCAUUUAAUGAGACAACUAAAAGGUGUGUAACACAUUGUGUAAUUUAUUGAUGGUCCCUAACUAGCCCCACAGAGUAUCCAACCAAAGUCAAAAUAAUUUUGCCACGGUCGCACACCGGCCAGCUGAAGCUAAUUGGUGAAAGAAGAUAGCUAGCUUACUAGCUAGUCUAGGCUAGACACAAGACCUGGUUACACUGUUUCAAGUUAUCUAGAAGGGUGAGUGACUGUAACUGUGUACUGUUUUGGGAGUGAAAGUAGAAAUGCUUCCCACGUUCAAACACACACGAGACACCCACAACAAAGCACGCCUCCAAAACCCCAAAUCUCGUUCUCAGUCGCAUUUCCUGAUUAGGAGAAUUGAAACAAAGGCUAAAUCAGGAAGUUCACCAACCCUCCCCGCACCACAGCGCAAGCGAGCUGAUGUUAGACAGGUAAAUUCUUGAACCUGGCGUAAGGGGUGGAAAAUGCCAGCGCGCCAGUUUUUACUGUACAUGAUGAAAUUGCAAACUAAUGUGUGUUUGACACUUGCGAAAGCCGAAAAUAGAGCCCUCUGAGCUAAAAGGUUUUUCUAUCAAAUGAGCAAAUAAACAAAUAGCCCAGUCUACAAUGAGAAUCAAACUAGAAAAGAAACCUGUACAGUAAAUGUAUUGAAGUAUGUCUGUUUUACCACAUGUUCAUUAGAGUACUACACUUUCUUGGAGUUGGGAUACUACAGUAUAUUCACAGCAAUUCCCAGAUGUAGGCCUUCCAUCAUCCUUUAGGUUCUAUCAUCGAAAACAAUGUUAGCAUAUAGGCAGAAUGUAUAGCAUCUGGAUCAUUAACUGGGUCAUGAUUGUCAUUCCUCUGCAGGCGAAGAAGGGCCCGUAUGCCUUCCUAUGGGACAUGGCUGUGGUGGAGUACGCCGCACUGACGGAUGAUGACUGCACCAUCACCGUCACAGGAAACAGCAUGAGCAGCAAAGGCUACGGCAUCGCCAUGCAGCAUGGGAGUCCAUACAGAGACCUCUUCUCCCAGAAGUGAGCAAUGCCACCAACGUCUCUCCUCAUUAUACACCAUCUACGCUGAGUAUACCAAACAUUACUAACAUUCCUAGUAUUGAGUUGCACCCCCUCGGGGCAUGGACUCUACAAGGUGUCGAAAGCGUUCCACAGGGAUGCUGGCCCAUGUUGACUCCAAUGCUUCCCACAUAUGUGUCAAGUUGGCUGGAUGUCCUUUGGGUGGUUGAUCAUUCUUGAUACACGCGGGAAACUGUUGAACAUGAAAAACCCAGCAGCGUUGCAGUUCUUGACAUAAACCCAUAUCCCGUACCCCGUUCAAAGGCACUUACAUUUUUUGUCUUGCCCAUUCACCCUCUGAAUGGCACAAAUACAUAAUCCAUGUCUCAAUUGUCUCAAGGCUUGUCUCCCCUUCAUCUACACUGAUUCAAGUAGAUUUAACAAGUGACAUCAACAAGGGAUCAUAGCCUUCACCUGGAUUCACCAGGUCAGUCUAUGUCAUGGAAAGAGCAGGUGUUCUUAAUGUUUUGUAUACUCAUUGUAUAUUGUAAUGACCCUGGCAUUGAUGAACACAAUUACCACUCCCCAAAGGGAGCUUUCUUGGAGCAGCUGUAACAUGUCCGGCUUUGCAACCAUAGGGUUGCAAGUUCGAGUCUAACCUCGGAACCUCGUGCUACUCCUUCGUAUCAUUACAAUAUUGAUGCAUUAUAGAUAUACCAUCACUUUAUCAGCAGUUCUAUACAGUAUGUUAUUCUCCUCACCUCUCCCUCUCCUUUCAUUCUCCCAUCUCUUCCUUCCAUCACCUUGAGGAAAUAUCCUAAGUCUAAGUGCAUAUGGUUUAACGCACACCUCCUUUGAUUCCUAAUUACUUUCUCUGCUUCAUAAAAGCCAUACACAUAAUCACUGAUGGUUUAUGGUGCCUGAGGGAUUGAGCGCCGUAAUUGGCUGAGAGGUCAUUCAGUGGUUAUACUCAUUUUAGGAGGAGUUUGACGAGGGAAAUGAAAGGCCCACUAACAUAGUGUUUUUAUAAAGUCACUUUGUAGUAUAAACAUUAGAGAAAAUGCUCUUUAUAAAGGUCAGGAGUUACUGUCGUUUUGCAUGAUUUUAAUGCCCUUGUCUAUUUGUUAUAUAAACAUGUACACUGAACCAAAACAUAAAUGCAACAUGCAACAAUUUCUAAGAUUUUAAUGAGUUAUAGUUCAUAUAAGGAAAUCAGUCAAUUUAAAUAAAUUAAUUAGGCCGUAAACUAUGGAUUUCACAUGACUGGGAAUAGUAGUGGAAAAAGUACCCAAUUGUCAUACUUGAGUAAAAGUCAACAUACCUUAAUAGAAAAUGACUCAAGUAAAAGUGAAAGUCACCCAGUAAAAUAUUAGUUGAGUUAAAAGUCUUAAAUAAUUUGCUUUUAAAUAUACUUAAGUAUCAAAAGUAAAAGUAAAAUUACGAAUAAUUUCAAAUUCCUUAUAUUAAGCAAACCAGACAACACCAUUUUCUAGUUUUUUUAAAUAUAUGGAUUACCAGGGGCACACUCAGCUAUAAUUUACAAACGAAGCAUGUUUGUUUAGUGAGUCAUAUCAGAGCCAAUAGGGACGACCAGGGAUGUUCUCUUGAGAAGGGUGUGAAUUGGACCAUUUUCCUGUCCUGCUAAACAUUCAAAAUGUAAUGAGUACUUUUGGGUGUCAGGGGAAAAUGUAUGGAGUAAAAAGUACAUACUUUUUUUUAUGAAUGUAGUGAAGUAAAAGUAAAUGUUGUCAAAAAUAUAAAUAGUAAAGUAAAGUACAGAUACCCCAAAAAACAACUUGAGUAGUUAUUUUAAGUAUUUGUACUUAAGUACUUUACACCACUGACUGGAAAUACAGACACGCAUCUGUUGGUCACAGAUACCUUAAAAAGAAAGGUUGUGGCUUGGAUCAGAAAACCAGUCAUUAUCUGGUGUGACCACUAUUUGCCUCAUGCAGCGCGACACAUAUCCUUCACAUAGAGUUGAUCAGGCUGUUGAUUGUGGCCUGUGGAAUGUUGUCCCACUCCUCUUCAAUGGCUCUGCAAAGUUGCUGGAUAUUGGCGGGAACUGAAUGGCACAACAAUGGGCCUCAGGAUCUCAUCACAGCAUUCAAAUUGACAUAGAUAAAAUGCAAUUGUGUUCAUUGUCCAUAGUUUAUGCCUGCCUGCCGAUACCAUAACCCCAUCACCACCAUGGGGAACUCUAUUCACAACGUCGACAUCAGCAAACUGCUUGCCCACACGAUCCCAUACACGCUGUCUGCCAUCUGCCCGGGAUUCAUCCGUGAAGAGCACACUUCUCCAGCGCGCCAGUGGCAGUUACGACGUCAAACUGCAAUCAGGUCAAGACCCUGGUGAGGACGUUGAGCACGCAGAUGAGCUUCCCUGAGAUGGUUUCUGACAGUUUGUGCAGAAAUUCUUCAGUUGUGCAAACCAACAGUUUCAUCAGCUGUCCGGGUGGCUGGUCUCAGACGAUCUCGCAGGUGAAGAAGUCAGAUGUGGAGGUCCUGGGCUGGCGUGGUUACACGUGGUCUUCGGUUGUGAGGCCGGUUGGACAUUCUGACAAAUUCUUUAAAACGAUGUUGGAGGCAGCUUAUGGUAGAGAAAUGAACAUUCUAUUCUCUUGCAACAGCUCUGGUGGACAUUACUGCAGUCAGCAUGCCAAUUGCACGCUCCCUCAAAACUUGAGACAUCUGUGGCAUUGUGUUGUGUGACAAAACUGGACAUUUUAGAGUGGCCUUUUAUAGUCCCCAGCUCAAGGUGCACCUGUGUAAUGAUCAUGUUGUUUACACAGCUUCUUGAUAUGCCACACCUGUCAGGUGGUUGGAUUAUCUUGGCAAAGGAGGAAUGCUCACUAACAGGGAUGUAAACAAAUUUGUAUACAACAUUUUAGAGAAUCAUUGCAACAUAUCUUGACUCUGUGUAUCAUGCAGCUCUUUGUUUUGUCACCAAUCAGAGACGUCUAACUCAUUGUGAUCUCUACACUGCUGUCGGAUUUACAUCACUAGCAACAGGCAGGCUCAAACACUGGUACAUUCUUAUUUAUAAGACAUUUUAGGAAAACUGCCAUUUUAUCUAUCGUCUCUUCUAGCUCAAAAUAAAAACACAUAUAAGCUCAGAUCUCAAUCUUGUUUUAUGCUAAGAGUCCCGAAAACUAGAACCGAGCAUGGAAAAGGUACUUUCAUUACUCAGCCCCCUGGUCUUGGAAUUCCCUCUAAGCCAACCAAAACUCCAGGGCCUGGUGUCCCUGGAGGAGUUCAAAGGACAAAUAGAUGAACAGGUUGUUGAGACAUGUAGUUCUUCCUAGUUGUCACUAGUUUGCGUUGCCUUAUGUAAGGAAGCAUGUUGUUUUACUUCCCACACACCACACACAUGCCUGCGUACACACACACACACAUCCACUGUUUGUUUGCUGUUGUAUUUGUGCUGUUGCCAAUGUCUUCUGUCUGUGUUGUCCGUUUUGUCUUACAUUGUUUUUUUGUGUGUUUUUUUUUUAAAUCCCAGCCCCCGUCCCCACAGGAGGCCUUUUGUCUCUUGCCAGGCCAUCAUUGUAAAUAAGAAUUUGUUCUUAAUUGACUAGCCUGCUUAAAUAAAGGUUAAAUAAACUAUAUCAGCACAGGUUGCAAUCAAUAAAUACCUUUCAUGUUCCAGCUUAGUUGGCUUAUGAAAUCAACCUAUUAUGAAUUCAUAACCAGCGUUGUUGGUUUGGAUGAAAGAAUAAUCAUUCAACAUGAGUUAACAUGAUUCUGCUAAUUACUUCCACGAAAAAAGGUUCAUAAUGGAUAAUUGAACUCAAUACUGUACUUGGAAAUUAACAACGUUUGAAAGUCUUUGGUCAUUAGUUGCAGGAUGCUGAUUGGGUAAAUCUGUCCAUAAUAACGUCAGCUACAGGACUGUUUCGCUAGCACAGACUGGAAUAUGUUCUGGGGAUUCAUCCGAUAAUAUUAAGGAGUUUACCACAUCAGUCACCGGCUUCAUCAAUAAGUGCAUCGACGACAUCGCCCCCACAGUGACCGUACAUACAUAUCCCAAGCAGAAGCCAUGGAUUACAGACAACCGCCGUACUGAGCUAAAGGCUAGAGCUUCCGCUUUCAAGGAGCUGGACACUACCAGGAUGUGUACUCAGAGCAUGCGCUAACCAGCUGGCAAGUGUCUUCACUGACAGUCCUGUCUAGAGAACGCCAAGAUAACCUGUCUAAAUGACUAUUGCCAUGUAGCACUCACAUCUGUAGCCAUAAAAUGCUUAGAAAGGCUGGUCCUGGCUCACAUUGACACCAUCAUCCCAGACACCCUGGACCCACUCCAAUUCGCAUACCGCCCCAACCGAUACACAGAUGACGGCAUCUCUAUUGCACUAUUUUUCUAUUACAGUCUUUUUUGUUGGGAAGGACCCGUAAGUAAGCAUUUCACUGUUAGUCUACACCCCUUGUUUACGAAGCAUGUGACAAAUACAAUGUGAUUUGAUUUAACCAAUUAGGACUGUGUAAUCAUAUUGGCCAAGCAUUUCCCCAAAAUCAAUCCCAAAAUCACUGUCUUGACUGCAUUCCCACACAUCUUGUUUUGAUUCUUCUCAGGUAUAAGAGCUCCAAAGCAUCCGUGAGAACAACCCCAAAUGUUUAGUCACACUAUCUUUUAGAUAAGAAAUCUAACUCUCUUCAACGCAGUGAAAAUAAACAGUUUCCUUUGUUUGCGAUGAGUGCCAUCCCAACUCCACAACCAGAAUGAACUGCCGUUCUAGUGACUAAAACACAGGUCUUAGGAUACAGACAAUGAUUCUUCUACAAAGCAGAACCAGUUUCAACCAGCUUGUCAUGCUUAGAUCAGGUUUGAUCUGGGGCUCAUGGAGGCCACACGCCCACACCAUUGAUAAAUCGCUGAUGCGGUGGAACAUUUGAAACCUCUCCACUCUUCCGAGGUGUGCUUUGUCAGGGCCCUUCAGAGUGCACACUCAGUAUGCAGGGCCACAACAAGUGAAGAGCGGGGUCAGAGCUUAAGCGAUGAGGUCCCUCCGUGGAAGAUUCCCUAUAAUUCCUAUCCCCACCACACUGAACUGAACACUGUCCCUCUAUCUACGCUCAUGAUGGCCUGGAUGAAUGUCCAUCUGGGAAAUACAGGGCUAACAGAGUGGGGGUGGGAUGUGCUUUGAGGACAGCUGGGAGGCUGCUCAGGGGGUAAUAACAGGCUGAACCAGAAUGUCAUCUCCUCUACAGGGACGGAUUCAUCUUACUUGCCACCGUCCCCCUUCCCAUCAUCAUAAUCCAUUCCCCUUCCUCCAUCCCUCUCUCUGUGCCCUCGUCUAUCCAUAACCUUAGAAAUUCAUUUUUUGUGCUCUUUUUCAUCACAGAAAUUGCUGUGGCGGUAGUGUUUGCCCACAGGGGCGGUUCUCUGAUAAUGGUAUUUUCCUCUUUGCCACGGCUCUUUUUCUUUUAAUUAAGCAGUUCUUCACUCUGUUUUAUUUUGGAUUUCAUUUGUGGCAAUGAAGGACUACAAAAGCUGACAUUUAAUGAAGUUUACUGUCGGGUUUAAUUCGUUGAGCAGGCAUAAUUCAAACAAAUCACACUUAAAAUGCUGUGCUGUGGGAAUUGUCACAAAUGAAUGCGUUCAUCUGCAGAAGAUAAUAGCAGGUCUGUCUUUCAUUCUUCCUUUAGUGCCAUGAUAGCAUAUGAGUAGUAGAUAUGCAACUAGGGUCCUAAAGUCCUUAGUCUCAAUCCUUUGUGUAACAGUCUUCAAACUUAAUACAACAGCCUGUUUUGAGCGAAGCAGAGGAAGCAUACGUCUCUCACACCCAGAUAUUUCCCCUCCUUGCAGGAUCCUGGAGUUGCAGGAAAAAGGGGACCUGGACAUCCUGAAGCAGAAGUGGUGGCCGCGUACAGGCCGCUGUGACCUCAACAGCCACUCCAAUGCCACGCCCGACGGGAGGUCCCUGAAGCUGCACAGCUUCGCCGGGGUCUUCUGUGUCCUGGCCGCCGGACUGCUGCUGGCCUGCCUGGUUGCCGGCCUGGAGAUGUGGUGGAACAGCAACCGCUGCGGGCAAGAGCAGCCCAAAGAGGUGACCGAGCACAGAGCCCGGAGGCCAGGGCAGCAGGGGGAGGACACUGCCACACUCUACUUUAAGGAUCCAGCCGCAGACCACAGCCCCGAUUUAGUCGAACUCCAGUACACGCAGUUGUAG